UUGUCGCUAGGUUCUUGUCAUGUUCUUGUUAUGUCGGCUGCUAAAAAGUCUUUAUUGUGCAUUCAGCCGGAUAAUAUUUAACACGCUGUGUUGUGCUUUCUCUUAACUUUUGUUGCUAGAAUCAGUUGACAAAAGUAAAACACCAUGACCGCUACUGCUAAGGAAUCAACAUCGCGUUUAUUAUCAUUAGCUAAAAAAUGUAAUUGCUUCUACUUGUCAGGAUUCCAUUCAGGUGAAUGCAGAGCAUUUGUCGUCGAUGGGCAACAAGUGGGACUUGUGAGGCCGGAUGUGAUGAAAGAACUUUUAAAAUAUCCCCAGGUAUUUCAAGUUCAACCAGAAUACGUUCAACUGAAUCCUGCCUUUAGAGAUUACACAGAACGGAGUGAAAGGGUUGAUCAAGUUUUAAGGAAAUGGAAGGAAGGAGGAAAGUUCGUCACUUUGCGAGGUUGGCGAGAAGAAUAUUAUGAUGUUCGAACUCAAUUUAAUACCCCACCUUUAUUUAAAAUGGAUCGUUCUGCAACUUGUUUAUUUGGAAUUCGAAAAUAUGGCGUCGAUAUUAAUGGAUAUGUAAUGGAUCCUGUAAAAGGACUUUCAAUUUGGGUACAAAAGCGAAGCUCAACUAAACAAACGUGGCCAAGUUAUUGGGAUAAUUUUGUCAGCGGUGGUUUAAGUGUUGGUUUUGGUAUUCAUGAAACUGCUGUUAAAGAAGCUGGCGAGGAAGCUGGAAUUCCGAAAAAUUUGAUUUCCAAAUUAAAAAGUGCAGGAUGUGUCUCUGUAUUUUUUGAAUGUGAAAGAGGAUUAUUUCCAAAUACAGAAUUUAUAUAUGAUUUAGAAUUGCCACUUGAUUUUAAGCCAAAAAAUGGUGAUGGUGAAGUUGAAACAUUUGAACUUUUACCAGUUCAAGAAUGCUUGGAACUUGUUCUCUCGCCAAAAUUUAAAACAACAUCCGUUCCAGUUGCUUUGGAUUUUAUGAUUAGACAUGGAUUUAUAACAUCGGAAAAUGAGCCGAAUUUUAUUCAAGUCGUAGAAUUAUUACAUGUACCAUUGCAAACGAUGUUUAAUCAACCGCAAAGGAAAUAUAAAAUAGCUGCCAAUGGAGAAGCGAACGAUGCGAUAGAACGAGUUUAAAUGAAAAAUAGGUACUAAUUCCAAAAAAAAAAAUUAAACUAUUGCGAUUUGGAUAAAAUGUCAAAAUUUCAGUUCCAUUAUUAGAGUUUGGUAGAUAGCAUUUUUCACUUUUCAAUUUAUUCGUUCAAUUUUUCUAUUGCGAAAUGUAAGAUUGUAGUUUUUGCAAUUUUUUACAAAAGUCAAAAGAGAAGGCCGUAAAAAUACUCUACUCAUUUUACGAAAACUUGUUUUCUUUUUUUUUUGAAAAUUUCAUUAGUUAAAUUAUUGAUAUUCUAAUAAUGAAAUUAAUUUAGUUAUUUAAGUAAUUUCGCACAAAAAAAGUAUUCAUUUUUAUUUUACUCUCCGAGCGCUUCCAAGCUUCUAGAGAUGAAAAAUAAAAAAUAGCCACUCGUUUGAUUUGAAUAACGCACUUCUAUUAAAACUUUUUUUUUUUUUUUUUUAAUUAAUUUAUUAAUAUUGAAGAAUAAUACCUUCCUAAUUCUUAUUAUGUGACCCUAUGCUGUGGUGGGUGUUAUUUGAAAAAUAAUUUUGAAACCUUGAUUUUUAUAUUAUAUAAUAAUAUGACUGCAACAGAACUGAAAGUGAAUUUACUGUAUUAAUUUUGUUAAAUUAGAGGAAGUUUAGAUGUUUUAUCUUUUACUGAAAUUUAUUAAAUUGAGUGUUUUUUAUACUGUGAAGAUAUUCUCAAUAUUGCAAAAAUAUUCGAUGUAGAAUUUUUUGCUAAAUAGAAAAAAAAAAAAAAAACAAUACCGUGUUAGAAAUAUCAAAAUUGUAGAUGAGAGAAAAUUGCCUAAAUGUGAAUGAUAUUUUGAAGUAGGUACAAUAUAUUUACAAUUAAUUUUUUUGUGAUGAUAUUUUUAUCAUUUAAAUGAAUUUUUUUUACAUUAAUUUCUUUUAAAAUAUUUAUUUUAUAUUUUUAAAAUACAUAUUUUAAAAAUUUAUUUAAAAUUUACUCCUGUUCAAAAAAAAAAGAAUCUAUUGGAAUUGAAUCGUCAUUUAUUUAUUAUUAAUGAACUUAAAUUAUAAAAUAUUUGUUUAAUGAAAAAGAAAUGUUAAAUGUGUCCCAUUUUGGACAAAACUGGUAUGCUAUUUAUAAUAGAAAAAAAUUAGGUAGAUUUUUUGAAGGAAAACUUUUUGACUAAUGAAAUCAAAGAUAUUCAGAAAGUCAUUGAGUGUAUUUCGUUAGCAUGGAUGAAAAAAAAAUUGCUAUUACAUAUGCUUAUUCAGAUUUUUUAUAUGUUGCGUGAAAAAAAAAAAAUAAUUGGACUAAUGUAAAUUCUAAUUUUUACUCAUGUUUGAAAUUCAUUCUCGUGAAAAAACUCUAUUUGGAUUAUUGUACUUUUAUUAGUAUUUUCAAUUAUUCUCCGAUAAAGUAUGCAAAUUUUUAUUAAAAAAUAUUUUCAAGUUAAAAAGAAAAAAAUGAUUAAACAAUAAUUGUUUCAAGGGAACUGAACAAUGAAAAAAAAAGUAUUUUUUGCAUACUCUUUGUUAUUCUUAUUUUUUUAAUUUGAUCACAAUAACUUAUUUCAAAAAUAAUAAAAGGAAAAAAAUGAAUAAAUUUUUAAUAUAUUGGCUGAAAUUAAAAAUUAAACGUAAAGAAAUUAACAUUCCAAGAACGAAAUUUGUUCAAUUAGCAAAAAAAAAAAAUAAUUUUUUUGUAAUUGUUUUCGAAAUUAUUGAAAAUAUAAUAUGUGAAGCACUUGUGCAUUUGUUUAAGAGAAAAAAAACUUGAUAAAUUAAUCAGCGUACUUGAAUUACGAAUCAUAUUUCGUAUCAUAUACGUAAAUAGAAAUAUGGCCUGAAGUUGUUAAUUGAUUUUUUUUUUUGCUUGUCACUUUUGUGUCUUAAAUACUAUUGAAUAUUUGUUGAAUGCCGUUGAUAAAAAUAAAAAGAGCUCAAAUUUUCUUUGUACUUCGUGCCUAGUAAAUAAUUUCUUCGAAAUUAAUAGUUUUUAUCAAUAGUUAGAUUUUUUAUAAUCAAAUAUAGUUACAGACUGUUCAUAUUAUUAUUAUUAUUAUUAUAAUUAUAAAGACUGUAUUAUUCGUUUCAUUUUAAGUGUAUCAAUUGUUUCCAUUAAAAAAAAGUAUGUACACAUUUUGAGAUUCUAAAAAGAAUUUAAUAGUUAGUGUAUAUAACGAAGGAUUGGCAAAAGUCUUCAUCUAGAUUUUAAAUAAUAAAAAUUCAUAUUUGUUGAUUAUGCAAAUAAAGAAAUAAACAGCUGCUCACAUCUAUAUAUAUAUACAUAUA